GACUUCCAUUGCUGGAAGUCUAUAAAGGUUGUCGUCUAAUCCACAGAACAGGAAAAAGUGAAACAGGCUUUGUCUACUGCGCUUUGCGUGUUUACGUUUUCAUUAACCUACAUCUACAUUUCUCCCAGUUAUAUCUGAGGCGAAUUUCAAUAUUUACAAAGGAUGUCUCUCUAUCCUUCACUGGAGGACCUGAAGGUGGACAAGGUCAUGAGGGCACAGGCCCAGUUUGCCCAAUCCACCUCCUCGGCCCCAGCCAUAACUGAAGCUGCCUCCCCUCCUGUCACGCAAGGCAUGCCAAGCUCAAGUCUGUACCCAAACCUGGAGGGGCUGGGAGAGUACAUGGGCCUCAGUCUUAACAGUGAUGAGGUGCAGAAGAACCUGGCACUUGUCCCAGCAGUAGAUAAUCAGCAGGUGGCGGUGCUCUCAGGAGUGGGCGGCAUGGUGCGUCCAGUGACCGGCACCGACACUGGCAUCCGCAGGGCUGAGAUCCGACCGGGCCUCCGCGAAGUCAUCCUGUGCAAGGACCAGGACAGCAAGGUCGGCCUCCGGCUGCGAGACAUUGACAACGGUGUGUUCAUUCAGCUGGUGCAGGCGAAUUCCCCAGCGGCGCUGGCCGGCCUGCGCUUCGGAGACCAGAUCCUGCAGAUCAACGGGCAGAACUGUGCCGGCUGGAGCACAGACAAGGCCCACAAGGCCCUGAAAGUGGCAGCUGAGCAGCGCAUCGAGCUCAUUGUCCGCGACAGGCCCUUCCAGCGCACAGUGACCAUGCACAAGGACAGCUCUGGUCACGUGGGCUUCAUCUUUAAGUCUGGCCGCAUCACUUCCCUGGUGAAGGAUGGCUCUGCUGCCCGCAAUGGCCUGCUCACCGAACACUACAUCUGCGAGAUCAAUGGCCAAAAUGUCAUUGGACUCAAGGAUCCUCAGAUUAAAGACAUCCUGACCACAUCUCCCUCUGCCAUGACCAUCACCAUCAUGCCAAAGGUCAUCUAUGAACACAUGAUUAAGAGGAUGUCGAGUGGCCUGCUUAGGUCUGCGAUGGACCACUCUGUGCCAGAGGUCUGAGUCUUUUGCCCACAGUGGCGCCUUUCACAAUGCCUACAAUCUCCAGCCUUCCUGUUGGAACCUCCUACCACAAGCAUUGUCUGUGUCGCUGAACAGAUGAUCCUUUUCAAUCAUGCUCAUUUAUAACAUAAGUAAAUUGCCUUAUUUCUACUAUAGAUAUUGAACAUUAUUGCAUAUCCGGUUCAUUUUUUUUUCUAUCUUCCUUGUUACUAUUGAUGUUCAAUUAUGUCUUUUAUAUGUAAUGAUAAUCCAAUCUGUCACUGAGCGUUACCGUCUUUGAGUAGUACUUUUUAACGAAAUACCUUUAGAUUAGUUAGUGGACAAAUGGGGGGGGGGUCAAAAGAUAGGUUUGCUCCAGGGCUUCCAAAGGAUUACGGGCAUUGAAUCCAAAAUUACAGCCAUCUGCCACUAUGCACUGGAUUCUACCAUCUGUACGAAGUUCAGAUAAUACACCUGUGUGCCAAGAAGGAUUUACGCUGCCAGACUGAAAACAGGGAAGAUUUGAUCAGUUUUUGUUUUUAAAGAAUUUAAUUCUUCUUCAUUUUAUAUAUAAACUGUUUGUUUUUGUUUCAAAUGUAUCUUUGAUAACACACCACCUGUAAAUCCUAGGAUCGUUAAAGAUUUAUAUAUGAAUGUAGCUUCAAGAUAGUGUAAUUAUUAUUAAAAAUAAAUAAAUACUUAUACUGGUGAUUCAG